AAAAAAAAAAAAAACGGCUUAUUUUCUCCUAAAAACAGCUUCAUUGUUUCGUUUUGUAGUCUACUACUAAAUCGUUAAAUACAUAGCAACAUUAACUCAGUCAUGACGUCCUAGCGAGAGAUGAAAGCAUUCGACACAGAAAAAGUCUUACAUAGAAACGUUUUGGUGAAAAGUUAUUAAAAUGGUUAUAUGCUUAAUCACAGCUAAUUUUAAGGAAAAUAUGGAUGGGACAACACGCGAAAGGCUGAGUCAUAUUCAGGGCAUCCCAUUACUAGAGCGGGUGGUGAAGUACUGGCCAAGAGUGGAGAAGUUCCAGGCGUCAGAGGAGGAUUUACUCAUUGCCACGUAUCCUAAAGCAGGAACUACGUGGACACAGGAAGUAGUGGAUAGCAUCCUGAAUGAAGGAGAUGUUGAAAAGUGCAAGCGGGCGCCCACUCAGGUGCGCAUGCCAUUCUUAGAGAUGACUGCUCCUGAUGGUUCAAGUUCUGGUAUAACUAAGCUGGAGGUUAUGGACCCCCCUCGUGUUAUUAAAACUCAUCUCCCCAUCCAGCUUGUGCCUCGUUCUUUCUGGGAUGCUGGUUGCAAGGUCAUAUAUAUGGCCCGUAAUCCAAAGGACACUGUGGUUUCAUAUUAUCACUUUGAUCGCAUGCAUCUUUACCAGCCAGAGCCUGGCCCUUGGCCACAAUAUCUGGAGAAGUUCAUGAAAGGGCAAUUGGGUUGGGGAUCCUGGUAUGACCAUGUUAAAGGAUACUGGAAGGAAAGGCAUAACAAGAAAAUCCUUUACAUUUUAUAUGAAGACAUGAAAGAGGACCCUGUUCGUGAAGUAACCCGCAUUGCUCAAUUUCUCAAACGACAGUUAUCAAAAAGUACAAUAGAGCAUAUUGUGCAAAUGACAGCGUUUUCAGCUAUGCGAGAAAACCCCAUGGCAAACUACUCAACUAUCCCCGACACAAUCUUUGAUCGCACAGCAUCAGAGUUCAUGAGAAAAGGUGAGGUUGGUGACUGGAAGAAUCACUUCAGUGCAGGAGAGGAUGCUGCAUUUGAGGAACACUAUCGCAAAAUAAUGUCUGAUUGUCCUAUUCCAAUACGGUUCACUAUAUGAAAGAUUGAAGUAGAGUGUGUCUGUUUUCUAGUCCAAAAAAAAAACAAUUACAAUUUCCUUAAUAAAUUAUUAUUAUUAACUAUGUAAUCCCAUAUAUGUUUCUAUUUUGCCUCAUAAACUACAUUGUACAUUGCUGGGCAACAAAAUGUAAUAUUAAUGUUCUACUCUGGAUGGGUGGUAAUUGUUGACUGUUCAAAGCUCUUGUGUGAAUGCAGUGUAAAGUUCAAGUCCCCUUGUAAAAUCUCUGGAAAGUACACAUGAUAUCAGUUAACGGAAAUGAAAAUAAUCCCAAGCAGAGGGCAGAAAUGUAAUGUUGUGUUUUUUUAUUUCAUAUUUUUUUAAUUUUUAAUCAGGAACAGGCCUCAGAAAUAAUUAUGGGAAUAGAUUAAUAGAUUAAAACUGUGUGGCUGUAGAGAAACAAAUCAUAGAUGUAAAAACUGAUCAAGGCCUAAGUGACCUUUGAAACUGUGCUGCUAAACCUCCAACUCUCAUAUCUGCACUUGAUAAAGGUUAUACAUGAGUGAGGUUCACAAACAACGCAACUGAAAAUAACAAAAUAAGGUCAGUAAUAUUGAUCAUUUUGAUUAGUUAAGAUUUAGUUUUGUGUAUGUGUGUGGGGGGGCAGUUUGACUAGUAUCUAUGUAAACAAAUCAAUGGUGCAUUAAACAGUUUCUCACUAACA